AAAGCGGCGGCGCUUCUUCGUCUCUACCUCAGAGAGAGAGAGAGAGAGAGAAAGGUGUAGCCAUGGCGUGGGAGGAAGAGGAACUGGAAGAGGAGCACGAGGAGGACAUGGAAGCGUCGGACGAGGAAGAGGAGGACGUGGUGGUGGGGCAGAUGCCGACGUUCAUGGUGCCGAAGCACAUCAAUAAGCGCGCCCUCAAGAACAAGGCCCUCUCCGUCUCCCUCGACAAGAAGGCCCUCAAGGAUUUCGUGACUGGGUUUCACAAGAGGAAGAAGAAGAGAAGAAAGGAGGCGAAUAAGAUUACGGAGGAGAAAGAGAGACGGAAGCGGAUCGAGGCGCGCAAGAAGAGAAAGGAAGAGAAAGAGAUUGCCCUAUAUGGUAAAGUUCUGUCAUCAUCAGAUACUGCUGAUGCUGAAGAUGGUGAUGGGAUGGGUGAUGACUUACCUGCUCCUGCGCCUGAGAUAAAAACCUACGAAGAUGGCGGGACUAGAAUAACAGUAGUCACCAGUGAAAUUACCCCUGAAGACGACGACCUUGGCCCGAGACCCGCGUCAACGAGCUACGCCAAGAAGAAUCCCUCUGCCGUGGCUGUCGCCAAGAAGAACCCCAGUCUAGGUGUAAAGAAGCAGAAGCCGCCACCAAAGAGGCAAUACAAGAAGAACAAGAGCAAGUCGAAGAAGGUGGACACCAGUAGACGGAAGAACAAAGGGAAGAACUGACCCCUGACUUCUUCUUAGUUGAAUUUUAAAGAUAAGGCUGGUCUGUGUUCUGUACUCUGUUCCCUCGUUAAUCAUCCAUAGGAGGCUUGUUUGUUGAAUCUUGCCGAGAUUCUGGCUAUAUAGCAUUGAAAGGUCUGAGGAAUUCUCUUUUGCCCACCUCAGCCAGCACAUGUUGUUAGAGUAACCCUUUGUCUUUGUGAUAACGGUUUUUGUUUUC